AUGGCUACGCCUUCACGCAAAAAGCCGUCGUCGGGGCGGCGAGACCGCAUCAGCGGCCUUCCCGACGACGUGCUAGGCCACGUCCUCUCCUUCCUGCCAACCAAGGAAGCCGGCCGUGCGGCCAUGCUCGGCCGCCGGUGGCGCGACAUCUUCUGCAGCGUCCACACCAUCUCGUCCGAGGAGCGUGAGGGCCAGAGGGCCGACGACUGGGACACCUACUUCUAUGAGGUCCAGGAGAGGAGGAGCUGCAGCGCUGUGCUCCUCCACAGCAUCAGCGCCGCGCUCCUCCACCGCCGCCGGCGCCCCGGCCUCACGGUGCCGCUGCACAGCUUCCGCUUCGCCUUCGACAGCUACCAUGGGUGGGACAAGGUCGCCGUCGACCAGUGGCUCUUCGAGGUGCUGCGGCAGCGCACCCAAGACCAGGAGCUCCACCUUGACCUGCGGUUCUUCAUCGGCCCCAUCUGUGCACGUAGCAGCGUCAACGGCGACGAAGAAGAAGAAGAGUCGAACGACAAUGAGUCAUGGGGGCAUGUCCUUCCCAGAACGCUCUUCUCCUGUAGAGCCGUGCGCACGCUGUGCCUCAGCUAUUGCAAACUGAAUCUACCCGAGGUCGUCGACCUGCCAUUUCUCGAGACGCUGCGCCUGACCAGCAUACGAGGUGACUCCCAAGAAACCAUCCAAAAACUCGUCUGGAGCUGCCCCCGUCUUGCCGACCUGACGCUAGAGGCCAGCAACCGUCUCCAAAAACUCACCGUUCUCGACAAACGCCUCCGUAGGCUCGCCCUCCGGUGCUGCCACAACAUGACGCAAGUAAGCAUCGACGUGUCGGAGCUGAGAUGCCUAGAAUACAGCGGCUCCGUACCCUAG